GUUUGGGGGAGGGGGCUUAUUCAUGCUAUUCCCUGUCCUAGUAACCCGCACACAGCCAGGGAAAUAACGUCUGGGUAACCCUGCUCAACUCCCUGGGUAUGGGAGCAAGCAGGGAAUGGAUAGAGGAGAGAGAGUGAGAGAGAGUAGCAGUAAAAGACUAAUGAACAGAUAGAGUGAUACUGAUUUAAAUGGAUACAAACAGGUGAAGAGAGGAGUCAUUGUCAGAGCAGCUUCAUACUGAUAUCUGACGUAAAAGAGAAGGAGGUGAUGGGAUUAUGGAUUAGGAUUUUGGGACUCCAGAAGAACACUGACGUUCACUUCGGCUACAGAGACUACUGAAGGGGUUUCUACAAUAGAACCACUCUAAAAAAAUUCCGGCAGUGCUCUCCUGCUCUGUCUGUAUCCAUGACGGAGAUUCCAGGCACAGUGCAACCAAACCAGCUGGACCAGCAGACUGGCUCUGUGGAGGCGGCUGAGGUGGAAUGCCCCAUCUGCUACCAGGAAUACAACCAGGGAGGGAAAUGCCCCCGCAUGCUGGAGUGUCUUCACGUGUUCUGCACUGAGUGCUUACAGAGGAUCCAGCUGUCACCCACCCAGCCGCCCGAUCCCCACAGCCCCCCAUCGAUCUCCUGCCCCCUGUGUCGCCAUCCCACUCCCCUGGAGAUGGGGGACGCCCUCUCCCUCCCCUGCAACUCUCGCAUUUUGGCCCAGCUGCCCCCGCUGGCAUUCCGUAUGCCAGUCUCCGUCUCCACCCGUCUGACCACCAUCACCCAACGGGUGGUGCUGUCCCUGGAGUCUCGGGACGCUCGCUUCAUCAUCCUGCCCACGGUCAGCCUGCGCGUGGAGCAGAUGGGGACAGGAGAGGAGCACCGCCCCCCAGCUCCCUCUGCUGGUAGUUUAGAGGUACAGCAGGAGCAGCGGCGGGCCCUGGUGUGUGUCCAGCUGCUGGCCCUCAUCUUCUGGAUCCUGUUCGUCUUGACCUGUGUUGUGGGCGUGGUCUUCGGGCCAAACUUCUUUCACAACUAGAGCAAGGCCAAGGAUCACAAAAUGGAAACAAGCCAGUAGUAAUACUCAAAUAUAUCCUCCAGUGAAAAGUGAAAUUCUUUCUAUUAGUUUCCUUUUGGAUUCAAAUCAUGUAGCAGAACGCCCUUGUUGAAUGAGACAUACAUCCACCUGUCUGUACUCCUGAAUUUCACCUGCUCACAAAAUGACCUGGAAACCCUGCAGGGAUACACUAUAAACAUGACUGAUAAUUUCAUCCAGGUUCCACGUUUUAAUUUUUUUGUGUGUUUUUGGCACUUAUUAGGCACAGACAAUGAUUGACACCAAUGUUUACAAGCAAUGCUCACAUGCUAAAUACAGUUUGAUUACUUACUACUGUGGACAUGCUGCAGUAUUUUAAAAGGUUGUACAGGGGCAUGUUAGGUUUUGUUAGAAGCAGUGUGAAAUACCCUAAUUAAAAACGAGAGCAGUUAUAUAACAUUUAACCUUCACAAAAAAAUGUAAUUAAAAAAAAUGUUAUUCAUGAUUUAACUAAUUGACUCAUCAUGGUCUUCAGUCAUGACCUUAAGUACAAUCAGGUGCUAACCUGCUUUAUAUGGAUCCAUUUUUCUUUUUCCUGCAGUCCUUUUAGUUUUUUCCUUAAGAUCAGCGACUGAUUCAGACCCAAGAAAACCGGUGACCCGAAACGAAUCAGUUGCUUUAACUGAUCAAUUGAUGUGCUACUCAAGUGCUGAUUAUUGAAAACCAACAGAUGCUGAGGCUCUUUAGGACCAGGAGCGUGGACCACUGUCUCAAAUACAUGCUUUUUGCAGCAUUUAAACUUCCAUCUAUCUUCACUUUCCUUCCUGACUCUCUCAAUAUUAAAUUAAGUAGUUGUUUUGAUAAAUGUCUCAGUUAUAAACUCAAUUGAAUUGGUCACUUGACUGUGCCAUUGGAGUGCCUAUGGGGACCCCUGGUGGAUAACCAUUGACAUACAAGUUUAAAUCUCUGCAGGUCACUUGUGGAGACAAACUGGUGGCCCUAGGUAAAGCUACCUCUGACAGCCUCACUGCCUCUUAUUGGUUGAAAAAAUGACUUCAUUUUGUUAUUUUAGCUUUAGCUUGUUCAGAUAAUAUUUUAGAGCGCUUUUGGGUACCACUGAAACUUUUUACUCAGUGUCUAGAAAAAUAAACCAUGUACACACUCUCCAACCUGAUUUAGUGAGUGAUGAUAUAUUCGGUUUUAUUCAGCUCCACAUUGUGCAUGGGUGAAAUUAGGGGUGCGGUCCAUUACUUUUGACUCCUCGCCGCCUUUCCUCCACUCUCCCACUACCACUCAUCUCCUGCCCGGAAGUAUGUGGAGGGAAGGAGAAGACAAUUUUGACGUUGCUUCGCUAAUAUAGUUCUGUGCACUUCGCUCGUCUCCUCCAAAAUUGGAACACUGGAGGGAGGGAGGAUACAAGAUUGGCUUCCGGGACAAGGUGGUAGUGGAGGAAAGGAUGAUACAUUUUGAUACAAGUAUUGGGAUGCACCCUAGACAUGAUUCGAUGGUACUGUGAUAGAUGGGAAGAGGGCCCCGCGAUGACAAAGAGUUUUGUCUGCUCAGGGAGUCUGCUCUGUUCACCUUGUUAGCAUAAGCCCAUGUCAAUGCAAGAGCUCUACGAUUAACUGAGACUGAUGUAAGUCAAUUAUGUUAUUGAUUUUACAAAUACAUUUUUUGCAACAAUUUAAAUGUAAUUUUUUUUUUUUGACAAAAAUGUAGCAAUUAUGAAGCAUUAGGUCAUACCAGCUAAUUGCUUUAACUUUUGACUAUAUAUUGAUAUUAUGUAUGUGUGUUACAAUAUAUGAAUUAUACUUUUGUGUAAUUUGUCUCAAGCUAUGUUUAAGUCACCCAGUUGAAUUUGUAAAUUUGUAAAUCCCUUUGCAACAUAAAAUCUGUUUGUAGUGU